AUGAAAUUCAUUUCUACAUUAUUAAUUGUUUCCUUCUUUGUUGCUUAUUGUUCAGCUCUUACCUGCCAAUACACUGGUAGUGGUACAAUCCAGGUUGCUGUCAAUCAAUGGGGUGGUUCAGGAGAUACAGGCUACUUCCCAAUCAACGGUGGACAGUCGGAGUCUUGGACAAGAUCUGAUCAAAAGCCAUUCGUUAUGGCAGUGAAGAGAAGCAGCGGCCCAGAGACAUAUUAUGCUGUUACAUACGAAUCUGUUGUAACUGUUACGGCCACAGAUGUCACCAUUGUCGAAAUGGGCUGGACCGGUGGACCAUACUCUGGUACCACAUGCUCCAAGUACGCAUUCAAAAUCAGACCACCAUUCGAAUCAUUCGCUGCUGCUUCUGAUAUCGAUCAAGAGUUCACCGCAGAGGAGCUUGCAAUGAUUGAGUAA